AUGCAACACGCAGCACGCACGAUUCUGCCGCAGACGCCUCUCGCCACCUCUUUACCCAACCGGAUCGCGCUCUGCACGCACGACGGGGUCAAAAAGGUCAAGGUCUGUUUCGUGGGCGGCACCAUCACCUUGUGCGGGCGCCAAACCACACGAUUCGAUCGCGUGACCACUUCGGGCGACGGGUCGAGCCUGCAAGCGCACAGACGCAAUCCGGAAGGCAAGCUCUGCCAACCUCAGAAAGCGUCGGGCCACGCCAACUGCGAUUGGAAUGCGACCAAACUGAAGAACCUGCGCGCCAAAGAAUUCGAACCCUACACGGAGCCCGACACCACCAAGGAGCUCGUGCACGAAAAGCCCGGCGGCGAGAAUGUAUGGCAGGGCAUUUAG